UUUGAAAAUUCCCAUAAGGCCACGAAUCAUGAUGGUUGAUGAUCUGAUGGGUAAUCAUAUCAUAUCUCUAUAAAUACUAUUAAGUAUAAAAAUAUCACCAUACAGAGUACGUUCAUCAAUCAAAAUUCAAAACAAAGAAAAAGUAAAGCAGAUCUAAAAACAGAAAAUGGCUGCCCUAACUGUUCCUGCUAAUGUUCCUGAUGUUGCUGUAGAUGUUGAGCAGCUUCACAAAGCCUUUUCUGGUUGGGGAACGAAUGAGGAUUUGAUCAUAUCAAUAUUAGGUCACAGGAAUGCAUCCCAACGCAAGUUGAUUCGCGAGGUUUAUGCUUCCACCUAUGGAGAAGAUCUGCUUAAAGCUCUUGACAAGGAGCUUUCAAGUGACUUUGAGAGGGCUGUUCAUUUGUUUACCCUGGAUCCUCCAGAGCGCGAUGCAUUUUUGGCUAAUGAAGCUACUAAGAAGUUCACUUCUAGCAAUUGGGUUCUCAUUGAAAUUGCUUGUACAAGAUCUUCUGAGGUUCUCUUUAAUGCUAGGCGAUGUUACCAUGCUCGCUACAAGAAGUCCCUUGAAGAAGAUGUGGCUCAACAUACCUCUGGUGACUUCCGCAAGCUUUUGGUUCCUUUGGUGACUUCAUAUAGAUAUGAAGGUGCAGAAGUAAACACACAUUUAGCUAAAUCUGAGGCUAAGAUACUCCACGAGAAGAUCUCACACAAGGCUUAUUCUGAUGAUCAAUUAAUUAGAAUCAUUUCAACAAGGAGCAAAGCACAACUAAAUGCCACACUCAACACUUACAACAAUGAGUAUGGUCAUGCUAUUACCAAGGAUCUUAAGGAAGAUCCAAAAGAUGAUUACUUGAAGUUGCUAAGGGCAACUAUCAAGUGCUUGACUUGCCCUGAGAAAUACUACGAGAAGCGUCUUCGUCUUGCAAUUAAUAAGAUGGGAACAGAUGAAUGGGCUCUGACUAGAGUUGUGACCACUCGGGCUGAAGAGGAUUUGCAACGCAUCAAAGAAGAGUACUAUCGUAGAAACAGUGUUCCUCUUGAUCGUGCUAUUGCCAAGGACACUAGUGGAGACUAUGAGAAAAUGUUGAUUGCCUUGGUUGGUACUGAAAGUGCUUAAGAAACAUUUAUGAUUCUGUCAAGAGGGAAUGGUGAAUCGGAAUUUGUCUAGCUUGGUUUAUGAGAAACUAUGUUUAGUGAUCUUGUUAUGGUUGAAUUUUACUGUUUUAAUGCACUUUAGCAACUGUUGAAUGAAUAAAUAUCACAAUGGUUUUGUUAGAUGGAAAAA